GGAUCGAGCCCCUUCGUCCCUCAGAGCUGGCCCUGGCUCCCACCAGGACUCCCCGGGGGCCCUGUCCUUGCCCACUGCUGGUUGCCCUGUUUAGGCUGAGCUGGUCUGGCUCUGGGGCAGGCUGCCAACCAGGCGCUGACGUUAGCUCUCUGUAGAUGACCUGGCCGACGAGAUGGAGGACGUGGACUUUGAUGAGGGGGCAGAUGAGCCUGAUGCCGAGGCUUGGGAGACAGAAGAGGAUGAUGAGGGGGUGGAGGACAGCAUGGAGGCGCAGGACGACAGCGAGGUCACGUUCUCCCUGCACUCAGCUUCUGUUUUCUGUGUGAGCCUUGACCCCAAGACCAACACACUGGCGGUGACAGGUGGGGAGGAUGACAAGGCCUUCGUGUGGCGCCUGAGUGAUGGAGAGCUCCUGUUUGAAUGCUCAGGACACAAGGACUCAGUCACUUGUGCUGGCUUCAGUCACGACUCUGUGUUUGUGGCCACAGGCGAUAUGUCCGGGCUCAUCAAAGUGUGGCGAGUGGAUACCAAGGAAGAAGUGUGGUCCUUUGAGGUGGGGGACUUGGAGUGGAUGGAGUGGCAUCCUCAAGCCCAUGUCCUUCUGGCGGGCACAGCCGAUGGCAACUCCUGGAUGUGGAAGAUCCCCAGCGGAGACUGCAAAACCUUCCAGGGCCCUGCGUGCCCGGCCACGUGUGGCAAGAUCCUGCCUGAUGGGAAGAGAGCGGUGGUUGGAUAUGAAGAUGGGACCAUGCGCAUCUGGGACCUGAAGCAGGGAACCUCGCUGCAUGUCCUGAAAGGCCAGGACGGCCACCAGGACCCCUUGACAUGCGUGGCCAGCAACCAGGAUGGCAGUUUGAUCAUGACGGGCUCUGUGGACUGUCAUGCCAAGCUGAUCAACUCUGCCACGGGCAAGGUGGUGUGCGUGUUCAAGAUGGAGAGCAUCGCCCCCAAGCCCCCUGCCGGUGAGGGUGAGGAGGCUGAGUCCAACUCUGUGGAGUCUCUGGGCUUCUGUAACGUGAUGCCACUGGCUGCUGUGGGCUACUUGGAUGGCACAUUGGCUAUCUAUGACCUCUCCACGCAGAGUUUGAGACAUAAAUGCCAACAUGAGUCAGGGAUUGUGCAGCUGCUGUGGGAGGAGAGCUCGGCUGUGGUGUACACCUGCAGCCUGGAUGGGGCUGUGCGGCUCUGGGACGCCCGCUCGGGGAAGAUGAUCAGUGAGUACCGAGGGCACUCAGCCGAAAUCCUCGACUUCGCUGUCAACAAGGAUGCCUCCAUCGUGGUGACGACCUCCGGCGACCACCAAGCCAAAGUGUUCUGUGUCCAGCGCCCAGAUCGCUAGGGCUGGGACAGGGAGGCCAGCGUGGAGGUGCUGGCAGCCCGGCUCUGCUGGGUGGCUCAUGUACAGCGGGAUAGGGGAGGUGGGGGCUUUCCCCCCUUCACCAGCGUGUGCUUUGUAAUUUUCCAGCCUGCCCCACUCUGCCCUCGCUAGGUGGGGGCUGAGCCUGGGGUUUUGUAUGAAAAUGUCUUUUAAUUAAUUAUAUAAAUUAUUUCACUUAACUGGAUCCUAGCUGCUCUGCUCUGCGGGGAAGGG